GCCUAUGGUUCCACCCCCCCGCCCGUCGAGAGCAAGAUGGCGGCGCGGCAAAUGGGAGAAGCGGCUUCUGCCGCUGAACAAGAAGAAGAAGGAGGAGGAGGAGGAGAGGAGAAAGAGGUUCGGUCGGAGGUACCCGACUCACUUUCGGGAAAGUACACUGGGUCUUUUGCAUACUUAACCAUUACAGAAAGGUUGCCAUAUAUAGUGACUAAGGCCGUUGAUACUUUACAUCGACAUACGGAUACAUUCUUCGCGCAAUAUGGACAGGAAGGUGUUGAGGCAGAAAAAGCAGCCAUUGGUCUCCUGUCCAAGUUAAGAAAUGAGCUGCAAACUGACAAGCCAGUACUACCUCUUACAGAUGGAUUUCCAGAUGCUGCCCAGUGGAAUAAAUAUCUAGAACAACAACAGGCUCGACUGGGCUCUGAGGAAAACACCAGUUGGUUUAAAGCACCCUGGUUGUAUGUGGAGUGUUACAUGUACCGUAGGAUCCAUGAAGCAUUGUUGCUCAAUCCCCCGAUGUGCGAUUUUGAUGUAUUUAAUGAAGCAAAGACUCAAGGUUUCAUGGAGUCGCAGGAAGCUAUUAUUGCUAUCUCCACCCACCUUCAGAAAGUAAAUGCGAACGUAAAAUGCUUUAAAGAAACAGAACUUAAAGCUGAGUUACAGCGGCUCCUGCAGGUUUCUCUAUGGGGUAACAGAUGUGACCUUUCCAUUUCUGCUGGUGUGGCAAACUCACAGAAAUUGAAUCCACUAACUACUCUGGACUCUUUGAAGCCUCUCAUUUUGGUAGAUGACUUUGAAUCUGUUUGGUGCUGCCUCAUUAAUAGUAAGCGAAAGGGCACCUCAGAAACAGCUUGCACCCGAGUAGAUAUUGUCCUUGACAACUCUGGAUUUGAGCUGGUGGCUGACUUGAUCCUGGCAGACUUUCUCAUCACCUCGCAGCUUGCUGAUGAAAUUCAUUUUCAUGGGAAGAGCAUACCCUGGUAUGUUUCUGACACAACUAAAACAGAUUUUGACUGGACAUUGAAGCAGAUGAAGACAUCCUGCCACCUGCAGAUGUCCUGUUGUGGUGUUGCAUGGGAAAAUAAUGUGACAAAAGGUGUUUGGAUUUACCAGGACCAUCCAUUCUGGACAUUCCCCCAUGCGUUUUGUGACAUGUCCCUAGUUGCAAAUGAUUUGUAUGCUGAACUGCAGAAAUCAAAUUUAAUAUUUUUUAAGGGAGACUUGAAUUAUAGAAAGCUGACCGGGGACAGGAGGUGGAACUAUUCAGUUCCUUUUGAAACUGCUCUGCGUGGGUUUCAGCCAGCACCACUGUGCAGCUUGCGGACUCUAAAAGCUGAUAUUCAGGUUGGCUUAAAGCCUGGACUAGGCGAGCAACUGGCGGCUUCCGAGCCUGACUGGAUGACCACAGGGCACUAUGCCGUUAUUCAGUUCAACAGCCCACUCAGAAAAUAACAAUCUUCCAUGGUACAUCUCUCGGUCUGUCUAGUUGGGUAUGCUGUUUGAUUGUUUACAAUAUACUUGCUGGUCUUAAGCAUGUUUGGUUUGAGGUUACUAUAAUGUAACGUCUUAAUGGGAAAUACCCUUGGGAAUAUUUGUGGUAAAAUGCACCAAAAAACAAAUAUGCAUAAAUGCAUUUUUAAAUCUUUAUGUACUUGAGUGAAAUGUUACGUUGAUAUUGAUACAAUAAGAUACAAUGGGUCACUGAAAUAUCAAUUACCAGUUGCUUAAAUUACAAAAUACAUGUUCACUUGUGAUUAAAA